UUUUCAUAAUAUUCAGACUAUCCUGUUCUGAUCUAUAUUGUAUUAAUCUAAUUUGAGUGGGGUAACUUUCAGGGAAUGAAUGGCGAGCAGUGAGUCUCAGCUUCUGCGCCGCCACUUCGAUUAUGGCGGUGCUCCGGUGGCACCGGUUUUUAGAAGGAGUUUGAGGUUCCCGUUUUGGAAUUCAGUGCAUGCUAAUACCGAUCCUAAUCCAAAGAAUCAUCCAAGUCUAAGAGUGAAGAUUCAAGCGCAAGCAGAUACGAUGAUGAAGCCCGUUUCUGAUAACAAAAUCCCACAUGUGCUAACUGUUGCUGGGUCUGAUUCUGGGGGUGGUGCUGGAAUCCAAGCUGAUCUCAAGGCUUGUGCUGCACGCCGGGUUUACUGUUCCACUGUCAUUACUGCUGUCACUGCACAGAACACUGUUGGGGUUCAGGGUGUGAACAUUGUACCUGAGGAUUUUGUGGCAGAGCAGUUGCAGUCUGUGCUUUCUGAUAUGCAUGUUGAUGUGGUCAAGACAGGCAUGCUUCCUUCUCUUAAUAUAGUUAAGGUUCUCUGUCAGAUCCUUAGGAAAUUUCCAGUCAAAGCUCUCGUGGUUGAUCCUGUCAUGAAAUCUUCCAGUGGGGAUGUACUUGCUGGUUCUUCUGUUUUGACUGGAUUUCUGGAGGAGCUGCUUCCCAUGACUGACAUUGUAACCCCAAAUAUAAAAGAGGCAUCAGUUUUACUUGGAAAUGUGCCGCUGAAAUCAGUUUCUGACAUGCGUACUGCUGCCAAACUGAUACAUGAUAUGGGCCCUAGGAAUGUACUCGUCAAGGGUGGUGACCUCCCUAAUUCAUUAGAUUCUGUUGAUGUAUUCUUUGAUGGUGAUGAGUUCUACGAGCUUUGUUCACCACGUAUAAAUACCCGCAAUAGUCAUGGUACUGGUUGUACCUUGGCGUCAUGCAUAGCAGCAGAGCUGGCAAAAGGUUCUUCAAUGCUUUCUGCAGUUAAGACAGCCAAACAUUUUAUUGAUGCUGCCUUGGAUUAUAGUAGAGACCUGGCAAUUGGAAAUGGAGUUCAAGGACCUUUUGACCAUUUUUUUGAACUUAAGAAUAUCAAUCACAGUUCUUGGAGGCAGAAUAUGUUCAACCCAAAUGACUUGCUUUUAUAUGCUGUAACGGAUUCAGGUAUGAAUAUGAAGUGGGGCCGUUCUAUUGCUGAAGCUGUUAAGGCUGCUGUAGAAGGAGGUGCUACCAUUGUUCAAUUAAGGGAAAAGGAUGCUGAGACACGGGAUUUUCUUGAUGCUUCCAAAGUAUGCCUUGAAAUAUGCCGUUCCUAUGGAGUACCAUUACUGAUAAAUGAUCGUUUAGAUGUGGUACUUGCCUGUGAUGCUGAUGGUGUUCAUGUUGGUCAGUCUGACAUGCCAGUACGUCUUGCAAGAAGCCUACUUGGUCCUGAAAAGAUAAUUGGUGUGUCAUGCAAGACGCCUGAGCAGGCCCACCAAGCAUGGAUUGAUGGGGCUGAUUACAUUGGUUGUGGUGGUGUAUAUCCCACUAAUACAAAAGCAAAUAACCGUACUAUAGGCUUAGAAGGCUUGAAGAAAGUAUGUGAGGCCUCUAAACUGCCUGUGGUAGCAAUUGGUGGCAUUGGUCUGUCAAAUGCACGUGCGGUCAUGGAAAUUGGUGAACCAAAUCUGAAAGGGGUUGCUGUUGUGUCUUCUCUGUUUGACAGGGAAUGCAUCUUGACUGAUACAAGAAACUUGCACGCCUUAUUAAGUGAGCCAGCAUUAUUGAUACAAUGAAUAUGCCCCCAAAUGUGGGAGCAAUUUUGUUUAGCUCUCGUAAGGGAGUGAUACAACAGUUGGUUUGCUUUUCAGCUAGGAUGGAAAUAUGCGACUGCUGAUUCUUUAUGCAACAUGCUAAACUUAGAAAAUUCAAAUAAGGGAAUUUAUGCGAUGCUAAACAAUCGUGGGUGGCAGGACAACGUUUUUGGAGGUUCAUUCAUUUGCCUUUAUU